AUGCCACAGAAACCUAAUCGGUGGGGUUCUAAAAUGUUUUUAUUAGCUGAUAGCAUUAGUGGAAUUUGUUAUGAUUUUAUUUUUUAUACUGGGAAAACAAAUGAACGUCAAAAUGGAUUUUGUACAGAUAUCGUGCUUAAACUCUCUGAAACAAUACCAAAAAUGAUGAAUUACAAAUUAUACUUUGAUAACUAUUUUACUACUAUUCAACUUGAAGUUCAAUUGAAGAAAUUAGGUAUUUUUUCUAUUGGAACAAUUCGAUCCAACAGACUAACAGAUAUAAAUAUGAAAGAUAUUAAAAGUUUAAAACAAGAAGGUCGAGGAUCCAUCGAUUAUCGUAUAACUCAAGUUGAUGGCGUCGAAUUAUGUACAACACGUUGGUGUGACAAUAAUAUUGUUACAUGUUUAUCAACUUUGUCUGGUUGUGAAUCAAUUGAUAUGGUGAAACGAUGGUCUUCCUCACAGAAACAACAUAUUCAAGUAAAACGACCAAAUGUUAUUAAAUUGUACAACGCCCAUAUGGGGGGUGUCGAUCUACUCGACAUGCUGGUCUCAUUCUAUCGAAUUAAUAAUCGUUCAAAGAAAUACUAUAUGAAAAUCAUUUUCCAUCUAAUUGAUCUAUCAGUUGUCAAUGGCUGGUUAUUGUAUCGUCGUGAUUGUUCUCAAUUUAGGUUACCAAAAAAUGAAAUUCUUUCUCUAUUACAUUUUCGGGUGGAAAUUGCUGAAGCUUUAAUGAAAUCCGUUGUACCUAAACGUUCAAUUCAACGAGGUCGACCAUCUUUACGUCUUCGAUCAAAAGAAAAUACUCCAUCACCUCAUCCUCGAGUUGCACCUAUUCGAACUCCACCAGCUAGUAUUCGACUCGAUGGAUUCAAUCACUGGCCAACGUCAGCAACUAAAGGACGUUGUCGUCAUCAUAGAUGCAACAUUGUGUUCCAUUCAUUGAAAGAUAAAAGUCUUUUUUGGUAUUUUGACCCACUUCCGCCGGCUGUUGCCUUUUGGCAACAUCGUGGUAUUUAG